GGCGGGGUUAAACCGAUCACUGACUCUGAUUGGAAAGGAGGUGUGUGGCUCUGGAAGUUUAGGAGACUCGUUCCCAAGUUGGAUGGGAAGAGUGUUGCGCGUCGGUUCUGAGACAUUUUGAGGUCUGAAGUGAAUAAAAGCCGACCACGGAGAGAAGCAGCCUGUAGGGGGUCAUGUCGGGGGCCGGCGGGACAAACAACAGCUGGACCAUCCUCACCUCUGAGGAAAGCGUUGCUGAGACCCUGAGACCCUCUGCAGCUGGAGCAGAGCAGCAUGGCCUCAACCAAACACCUGCACCAGCAGGUUCUGGAGGGAACCACCAGCCUGGUCAGGGUGCAGCGUCUGCAGAAGGACUCCCAGAGAACUGCCCAGCAUCAGAGGAUAAACGGAUGCACUCCGGCUCUGAUCCACACUCUUCUGUUGCUGCCUCUCUGGAUGUCCCGAGCGCCUGGGACCAUGGUGAUGGUGUCGGCCCAGCUGAGGGUCAAACUGAAAACCAAGCACAGCUCGACCCAGACCCAGAGUCCACCACUGAGUCCUACACCCUCCUACCUCCGUCACCAGACCAGCCUCCUCCUGGAGGAGCAGAGCUGACUGGAGAGAAGCUCACAAAGGUAGAAAAUCUGCAUCUGCAAAAUGAGGAGGAGUUUCAGCCAAAGGGGGAGGAGUCAGAGCAUCACCCACAGACAGCUAAUACAGAAAAACGGACAGAGGCUGGCCAGGAGCACGAUGAGGACCUUCAGCUGGACCGCAGCCACAGAAACAAACGUGUGAUCGGGGCUCCGCCCCACAUCCAGAGUUCAGCACAAAACCUUUUUCAGGAGUCAGAUGAGACGACGGUGAAGACGGGAGCUACAGGAGCGCCAGAGGAGAGGAGGAACAAGCCUCUCCUUGCUGCUCUGGAGCAGAUUGGACGAGGAGAGGAGGAAGAGGAGGAGGAAGAGGAAGAAUUUCACCUGCCCCAGCAGGAGAACAGCAGCAUCUUCUCUCUUAACAAGUGCAUCCUGGGUGCUGUCAUUCUGCUCGGCUUUGGAAUCAUCUUCUUCUCCGGUGUCUUCGUGGAGCGGGAUGAGGAAAACGACCACGCUGCAGUGGAGCUAAAAGACGCCGAGCCCCCAGGGAAACGGGGGUGGUUUCACCCCGACGCUGACACCUCUGAGCUUCUGAAUAAGCUGGCUGAAGGAAACCAGCAGAUUUCUGCUCUCCAAGCUCAACUUCAGGCGCAGAAAGAGGAGCUGAAAGUGCUGACGGAACAGGCAGCGGAGGGAGAGAAGGAGCGUCUGCUCUGGGAGGAGGUGGAGAAGGAGAACAGUAGGUUGAAGAUGGAGACGGCCUCUCUCUCUGUCCUUCAGAAAGAGAACGACAGGAUGAAGAAAGAGCUGGAGUCUGUGCCGGUCCUACAGAAAGAGCUAGAAACCCUGAGAGGCGCUGGGACAAAAACGAUCCUCCCCUCAGGAGACUUUAGCUUCUCUACGUCGCCCCCUACUGGCCAACCAGAAGACAGCAGCCAGGUCACGGCUCCACCCACAGACGGACAGACCAGGAAGUCUCGGGAUGACCGUAAAGAGAAGAAAGAGCCUAAACUGGGAAAAGGUGAAGCUAAACAAGAGAAGAAACCGUCUAAAGAGAGCGAGAGGAGUGCAAGAAAGGGAGGAGAACAAAAGGAGGACAAACCUGGUGAUGAAAAAGGGUGGAAGAAAGGAAAACAUGAAGGAGGGACGUUUGAUAAAAGGAAAGAAAAGUGGCAGGGUGAUGAGGAAAAAGAAGGGAAGAAAGAGAGAGGGGAAGACGGCAAGCCUCGGAAAGAGAAAGAAAGCAAGGAGGAGUGGAAGAAGGGAAAAGUAAAUGAAUGGAGAGAUAAAGAGAAAAAGGGGCACCAGGGAGGAAUGUCUCAUGGUGAGAGGCACAAGGGCUGGGAGGCCGGGAAGGGAGAGACGGAGUGGUCGAGAGAUAAAGAGGGGGUGGAAGGAAGUGGCAGGGAGAAAUGGAAGAAGAAAGGAGAGAAGAAAGAGGAAAAGGAUCAUCCCAAAGAGGGGAGAGGAAAGAGUGAGAGGAAGCAGGCGGAGGACGGCAGAAGUUACGAUGGAGAAAGAACGAGGGAGGAGAGGAAGAGCAGAAAUGAAGAAAGGUGGAAGAAAGAUGAGAGUUUAAGUCAGCGGGGAAAGGAGGAGUGGAAGAGGAGAGGAGAGAAGGAGAGGAGGCGCGGCGGAGACGAAUCCCACGCCUCCCAAAACAGAGAGGAGUGUUCGUACGGCGACCCGAAGCCCGCCCACUCACACCCCCGACCUUCAGUAGGUCAGCCGGAGUACUGGGUCCAUCGGAGAGACAGGCUCCGCCUCCGGCGCCGCCCCACGCCUCCACAGCACUGCCACUCCCCGGAGAGCUGCGCCCAGGCCGAGCGGCUGCUCCCCGUCGGCCUGCAGGAGUUCCAGAACCUUCUCCAGCCCUACCUGACCAAGGCGGAGGAGGUCGGCGUGGACGCGUCCAAAACCGAGCAGCUCAGAAAGCUCGCCGCCGAAUUCUUCACAGACGGCGUGUUCGUUCACGACCAGAUGAGCUUCCGGGACUUUGUGGAAGAUUUGGGAGACGUUCUGGAAGACUUGGUGGAAGGAGAUGACGAGGAAGACAGCGACGUCGAGGAUGAAAUGGAAGAGUUUGCAAAGGAAGUCAUGAAGGCAUUCCUGGUGCCAGGAGUGAAGGAGAAAGGGAGGAAGAUGAAAGGCGAGUGGAAGAAGGAGCGUGGCUGAUGAGAGGAGUCGGAAACACGAGUGCUUCUCUUUCCACCAUCGUUAACUUACACACGUAUCGUCCUGCUGAGAUGUUUCACCUGUUGGGAAAUGAACCAUCACUCACACCUGUUCAACUCUGCCUGUUUAAACAUCCACCAGCUGUUCACUCAAGCAUCUUCUAAUCCUAAUGUCAGAUUAGCAGAUUAACCAAGCAUUUGUUGCAGAAAACGUUCCGUAAAACUGUUAUUGUCCUCAUUCUUUGUACGUUUAGCCCCCAAAUCCUGCUGAAUAACUUCACUCACCUUCCAGACGUCGGCUUCGUGUUGGAGGAUUUGUCGGACAUGUUGAGCAUGUUUAUUUAUUUUCAGAUACGGAACUGAUGUCGUGCACUAAAUUCACGUGUUUUCCACCCUAAAGGUGGAGUUGUGUUUAUUUUUUUGCGUGAGCUUGUUAAACGAUGAUGUGACAUUUGAAUGUUGAGGUGUUGUUCGUUCCUGUUGUGGUCAGAAGGAAAUAAACCGCUUUUGGUCAGAA